UGAUUAGCAACAAGACCUUGAGCAAGUCAUUUCAUUGAAGCCUCAGGUUUCAUAUCUGAGAAUGAUGGCACUAAUUCCUGACUUAAUUACCCCCAUCAUUGUUGUGGAGACUAAAGUCUAUGAGAACCCUGUAAAUGUCUACCUAAAUAUUGUGGUGGUUUAUCUUACUAUAUAGCUUGUUAGAUUCCUAGCUCUUCGUUAAUUGAGAAAGGGGAAAAGCAUCAUCUGCAGGUACCAGUAGACGGGAAGUGUGGGUGUGUGUUGCCCUAAAUGGAAGGCCAGGGUUGGGGAGGGGGUCAUUGGCUUGAGUCAGACAUAGGAAGGUCUCCUAGAAUUGGCCGCUAACCAGGCCUCCUCCUCCUCUGGUCAGAAGGGUUUGCUUCUCUACUGGCUUCAAACUUGGGAUCUGCCAGAAUGAGGCAAGGUGCGGUGCUUUCUUAGGUUUGGGGUCCAACUUUAGCUUUCUUUGGACCAAGAACCAAUUCUCUGAUGCUCAUUUUUCUAAUCGGACAUUUAAGCGAGGACACCACCCCGGCGCAACUCCCUAACGCGCAUCCGAUCGGGGAAGGCGUACUUCCGCUCCUGGGUAGGAGCCCCACGGCAGGCUCGCGUGGGGGAAGGGAGAGAUCGGUGGAGCGGAGGGAGGGACUAUAUCCGGGAGAGUGGCAGCUUCCGACUAGUGGUCGCGCUUCCGGAGAGGCGCUUCCGGUGGCGGCGGCUGCAGCGGCUGUGGUGGUUCCGGGUGUCUUUGUCCCCCCGGUGUCGCGGCCCUGGCCCGCAGGUUUUUUCCCCCCCGAGACUCUGAAAGAAGUCAGCAAUCCCAAUGUCCCAGUUUAAGCGCCAGCGGAUCAACCCACUUCCAGGGGGACGUAACUUCUCAGGCACAGCUUCAACAUCUCUUCUGGGUCCUCCUCCUGGUUUGCUCACUCCUCCUGUGGCCACAGACCUGUCCCAAAAUGCCAGGCACCUUCAGGGCGGGGAGAAGCAGCGGGUCUUCACUGGCAUUGUCACCAGCUUGCACGACUAUUUUGGGGUGGUGGAUGAAGAGGUCUUUUUUCAGCUAAGUGUGGUGAAGGGCCGGCUGCCCCAGCUGGGUGAGAAGGUGCUGGUGAAGGCUGCAUACAACCCAGGUCAGGCAGUGCCUUGGAAUGCUGUCAAGGUGCAAACGCUCUCCAAUCAGCCCCUACUGAAGUCCCCAGCACCUCCACUUCUACAUGUGGCAGCCCUGGGCCAGAAGCAAGGGAUUCUGGGAGCUCAGCCCCAGCUGAUCUUCCAGCCUCAUCGGAUUCCCCCACUCUUUCCUCAAAAGCCUCUGAGUCUCUUCCAAACAUCCCACACACUUCAUCUGAGCCACCUGAACAGAUUUCCUGCUCGGGGCCCUCAUGGCCGAUUGGAUCAGGGCCGAAGCGAUGACUAUGACUCCAAGAAACGCAAACAGCGGGCUGGUGGAGAGCCUUGGGGUGCUAAGAAACCAAGGCAUGACUUGCCUCCUUACCGAGUCCAUCUCACUCCCUAUACUGUGGACAGCCCCACCUGUGACUUCCUAGAACUCCAGCGCCGUUACCGCAGCCUCCUGGUCCCCUCAGAUUUUCUGGCUGUGCAUCUGAGCUGGCUGUCAGCCUUCCCUCUGAGCCAGCCCUUUUCCCUCCACCACCCGAGCCGUAUCCAGGUAUCUUCUGCGAAGGAGCCAGCUCCAGACACUGGUGCUGAGCCAGUCCCUGCAGACAGUGACCCCGCGUACAGUUCCAAGGUACUGCUGCUCUCUUCCCCGGGAUUGGAGGAACUGUUUCGUUGUUGCAUGCUCUUUGUGGAUGACAUGGCUGAGCCAAGGGAGGCACCAGAACACCCUCUGAAGCAGAUUAAGUUUUUGCUGGGCCGGAAAGAAGAGGAGGCAGUGCUGGUUGGGGGCGAGUGGUCUCCUUCCCUGGAUGGCCUCGACCCCAAGGGCGACCCACAGGUGCUAGUCCGCACCGCCAUCCGCUGUGCACAGGCCCAGACCGGCAUUGACUUGAGUGCCUGCACCAAGUGGUGGCGCUUUGCUGAGUUUCAGUACCUGCAGCCAGGACCCCCGAAGCGGCUCCAGACCGUGGUGGUGUACCUGCCGGAUGUCUGGACCAUCAUGCCUACUUUGGAAGAGUGGGAGGCCCUGUGCCAGCAGAAAGCUGCAGAGGCAGCUCCCCUGGCCCAGGAGGUGCCCGUGGAAACAGAGCCUACAGAACAGGCAAGUGAGGCAUCGGAGCAAGGAGCGGACACCAAACAGAAUGCAGAGAACCCGGAGGCCACCACACAGCAGGAAGUGGACACUGACCUCCCAGAGGCCCCUCCACCCCCUCUGGAACCCGCUGUCAUGGCACGCCCCGGCUGCGUAAACCUCUCCCUCCAUGGCAUUGUGGAGGACCGGAGGCCCAAGGAAAGGAUCUCUUUUGAGGUGAUGGUGUUGGCUGAGCUGUUUCUGGAGAUGCUGCAGAGGGACUUUGGCUAUAGGAUUUAUAAGAUGCUGCUGAGCCUUCCUGAAAAGGUCGUGGCCCCACCUGAACCUGAGAAGGAGGAGGUGGCCAAGGAGGAAGAAGUGGUCAAGGAGGAGGUGGCCAAGGAGUCCAAGGAGGAGGUACAGAGUGAGGGCACAGCUGCUGAGUCAGACACCCCACCGAAGGAAGAUGGGGUUCUGCCCAAACCCCCAUCUUCUGGAGGAGAGGAAGAAGAGAAACCCCGGGCUGAGGCGUCGGAGGACCUCUGUGAGAUGGCCCUGGACCCAGAGCUGCUGCUGCUGCGGGACGAUGGGGAGGAGGAGUUCGGAGCCAAGCUGGAGGAUUCCGAGGUCCGUUCUGUUGCCUCCAACCAGUCAGAGAUGGAGUUCUCUUCCCUUCAGGACAUGCCCAAGGAGCUGGACCCCUCUGCUGUGCUCCCUUUGGACUGUCUUCUUGCGUUUGUCUUCUUUGAUGCCAACUGGUGUGGCUACUUGCACCGUCGAGACUUGGAGAGGAUCCUGCUUACCCUUGGGCUCCGGCUCAGUGCAGAGCAGGCCAAACAGCUGGUCAGCAGGGUGGUGACCCAGAACAUUUGCCAGUACCGCAGCCUUCAGUACAGCCGCUCCGAGGGCACGGACAGCGGGCUUCCUGAGGAGGUGCUCUUUGGAAACCUGGACCUGCUACCUCCUUCUGGGAAAAGCGCAAAGCCAGUAGCUGCCCCUCUGGAACACAAGGGCCUGGUGUCCCACAACGGCAGCCUGAUCAAUGUGGGGAACCUGUUGCAACGUGCGGAGCAGCAGGACAGUGGGCGGCUCUACCUGGAGAACAAGAUUCACACACUGGAACUGAAGCUAGAGGAGAGCCAUCACCGUUUCUCAGCCACUGAAGUAACAAACAAGACGCUGGCAGCUGACAUGCAGGAGCUGCGCACCCGGCUGGCUGAGGCCGAGGACACGGCCCGCACAGCUGAGCGGCAGAAGAACCAGCUUCAGCGGCUGCUGCAUGACUUCCGGAGGCGCUUGACCCCCCUGCAGCUGGAGAUGCAGCGAAUGGUUGAAAAAGCUGACAGCUGGGUAGAGAAGGAGGAGCCAGCACCUAGCAACUGAGGGCUUGACGCAGGAGCUGCCAUCCUGCGAGGUCAGCGAUGGAGCUGCUCAAGUUAGAGCCCUUUGGUUCCAGAGAGGAGCUGAGCAGGACCUGGGAGCAGGCGGGCAGCUGACCCGUGCUCAGCCCGUGGAGGGGAGCUCAGGCCGUCAGGUGGGGUCUGCCUGUGCUAUGUGGACGGACGAGUGAGGAACCGGUUCCACUUACAACUAAAUCCAACACUUGCACCCCUCGAAUGUCAUUUUGCCCUCCACCUUGGGGUUUCUCCUGGGGCCCUUUAGUCUUGUGCUUUCUCCUGUCCUCUUCCAGUUUAGAGUAAGACAGGGGAGGAAAAGGCUCUUUGACUAUGUCAUAAGGUCUGAUGCCAAUAAAUGAAGAAACAGACGUGGAGUCUGGCUGGGGUAAGCGCCCCUUCCUUUGAAUGGCACAGAUCCUGCUGGUCACAGGCACAGGUUCCUGGGGGAUGAGUGUCCUGGGGCCUGUGGAGGAAGGGAGUCAGUGCCAGCCAGCUCGCUGUUGGGCUGUCGGCCAGUGAGCACUGUUCCAGCCCCCCGGACUUGCCAGCAGGAACCAGCACUUCUGCCCCCGGCUCCCUGUGUUCAGAAUGUGGUAUUGGCUCUGGCCCAGCCUUUUUCCCGUUCCCCAUGAGUCUCACCUCUUUCCGUAAUCCGUGGUUUCAGUUUGACUUUGUAUAUAAAGUUGUUUUUGUUUUUUUUUUUUGCUUUUGUUUUUUAAAUAAACCAAAGUAAAAACAAA